AUGAAGGUUUUCUUUCUUCUUUGCUUUCAUAUAAAUCAAUUAUGCAACUUGUCACUUGCAUAUAGAGAUAAAAGGCUAGAGAGAUCCUGCAAUCACUAUGAAAGAGGGAACUCUCCGCUCAUCUCUAGAAUGAAGUCCAUACCAGCCGUGUCUACCACGAUGUCUGAUGCUAUAAGUAACUCCGAACCGAAAGUAGAUGCAACAUCAAGUUCCAGUUCGGGAAAUUCAGACAAAUCUACCACAAAUUCAGAAGCAACGAAGCCGCCCUAUUCCUAUGUAGCGCUCAUAACAAUGGCUAUACAAAAUAGCGAAACGAAAAAGGCGACUCUCAGUGAAAUCUACGCAUAUAUUACAAAGGAAUUUCCAUACUUUCAAAAGAACAAAAAAGGCUGGCAGAAUUCCAUUCGACACAACUUGAGUCUUAACGAAUGCUUCGUCAAAGUACCACGGGAGGGCGGUGGCGAACGCAAAGGCAAUUACUGGACUCUUGAUCCACAAUGCGGUGACAUGUUUGAAAAUGGAAAUUUCCGACGGCGCCGCCGGAUGAAGAGACCUUUCCGUGGAACUCCUUAUGGCAAAGGACUGUAUGGAGAAACUUACCACACGGGUCCAAUGGGCCAACCGCAUGUGCAGUCCCUUUCCAUUUCCGCAAAUUACUUCGGGCCUGGCACCUACUCACCUUCUUAUCCUCCAUUUGACCCGAGUUGGCUAAGUCAACCGACAUCCAGCUUGGGCUAUGGAAGUGCUUGCUCGCCACACUCCAACAUUCAACACCAGGCGUCGCCGUUCGGAUCAUAUAUCACUCAGCAAUUACAAGAACAGUUGCAGAGUCCGCUACAACCCAUUCCAAUUUCUAUGAAUACGCCGUAUUCAAUGAGUUUUCCGAGUUUUGAUUCAUCACCUAACUCCGCUCCAUCAUACACGACGGGUGACAAUCACCCAAUAUCUCAUCACGAUGUUAGCGGCGGUGAUGGGCCUGCUCAUUACUGGGUGACAGGUAAAAUAAAUUUAAUAAUCUAG